UUUACGAAACUAACCGGGCAGAGCGCGCGUUACAACGAGAGACUGAGGCCUGAGAGAAGCUGAGGCGUCCCCCGAGGCGCGUAGUUGGGGGCUGAAACUCGGUUGGGUAGUGUGCAGAAGGUGGGAGUAAGGGAGUAGAGAAGUGGGGCGCGAGCCAGGGCGUCUGGAGUCUGUCCAGGGUCGGGCGCGUGCCGGGCCGGCGGACGGAGGUCGGGGCGCGCAGCCCGCUGGAGCGAGUAGCGCUGCAAGCCCAGUAUUGAACACCAAGUGAUGGCAAUGCAGAUGCAGCUUGAAGCAAAUGCAGAUACUUCAGUGGAAGAGGAGAGCUUUGGCCCACAACCUGUAUCACGGUUAGAGCAAUGUGGCAUAAAUGCCAAUGACGUAAAGAAGUUGGAAGAAGCUGGAUUCCAUACUGUGGAGGCUGUUGCCUAUGCACCAAAGAAAGAGCUAAUAAAUAUUAAGGGGAUUAGUGAAGCCAAAGCUGAUAAAAUUCUGACGGAGGCAGCUAAAUUAGUUCCAAUGGGUUUCACCACUGCAACUGAGUUCCACCAAAGGCGAUCAGAGAUCAUACAGAUUACAACUGGCUCCAAAGAGCUCGACAAACUACUUCAAGGAGGAAUCGAGACUGGAUCCAUCACAGAGAUGUUUGGAGAAUUCCGAACUGGGAAGACCCAGAUCUGUCACACAUUGGCUGUAACGUGCCAGCUUCCCAUUGACAGAGGUGGAGGUGAAGGAAAGGCCAUGUACAUUGACACCGAGGGUACCUUUAGGCCAGAACGGCUGCUAGCAGUAGCUGAGAGAUAUGGCCUCUCUGGCAGUGAUGUCCUAGAUAAUGUAGCAUAUGCUCGUGGGUUCAACACAGACCACCAGACCCAGCUGCUUUAUCAGGCAUCAGCUAUGAUGGUAGAGUCCAGGUAUGCACUGCUCAUUGUAGACAGUGCCACUGCCCUCUACAGAACAGACUAUUCCGGUCGAGGUGAACUUUCAGCCAGGCAGAUGCACUUGGCCAGGUUUCUGCGGAUGCUUCUGAGACUUGCUGAUGAGUUUGGUGUAGCAGUGGUAAUCACCAACCAGGUGGUAGCCCAAGUGGAUGGAGCAGCCAUGUUUGCUGCAGAUCCUAAAAAACCUAUUGGAGGAAAUAUCAUUGCUCAUGCCUCAACAACCAGACUUUACCUGAGAAAAGGAAGAGGAGAAACCAGGAUCUGCAAAAUCUACGACUCUCCCUGUCUUCCCGAGGCUGAAGCUAUGUUUGCCAUCAAUGCAGACGGAGUGGGAGAUGCCAAAGACUGAGUCAUUGGGUUGUUUCCUGUGAUGAACCUAAGUGCCGCAGCGUAGUGGAGAAGACUGCUCCCUGGGGCUUCUCGUGGGCCUCUUCCUGUUGUGACUGCCAAAAAAAGGCUUCUGGGAAAAUAUCUAUUAUAUCAGCUUUUCUGGUGGUGUAAACAGGAGACAGGUCAGUAGUCACAGAUGGAUCUGUUUAUUCCUUCUCUAGAGAGUGUGUUAAUCUCUAUGUGAAUUCUUUGGUUUUAGGGGUUGGUGUAUGGCAUACCUUUGACAUAGUGCCUUGUGGUUGACUCGUGACUAACAGCUGGACAAUCUUGUGCCUCCAGGAGAACUAGAGCUGGGGAGACCUCUUUCCUCACUGUCUGAAUAAUGUUGAAAACAAAUGUCUUAGCUUUGUGGCAAAGGGAAUAGGUCUCCUCAGAGGUUCUUUUUCUCUGUCAGUAAAUCUGUCAGUCAGACAGAGGCUUUUAAGUUUGUAUGCUUGAAUUAUCUUAUGUAAGAGUUUGUUUUUAGUUAAAGAAUACUGAGCAGACCUGCUGAGCCACCAGCCUUUAACCACCUAUGUGCUUGAUUUUGUUUUUUCGUUUUGUUUUUACUGCUAAGAGCAUCAAGAUAAUUCUGGAAUCAUACGCAUUUCAGAGGCUUAAGUAGAUUGAGGGUGGGACUGCUAUAAAGUAGUUAUUUGUAGUGACUGCUAUUUAUAGGAGUUACUCUGGAACAAACUAAAUAUUUCAAGAUAGGGCAUUUAUAUUUUUGGCACUGGGUAGGGGUGGUCAGUUUCUAUUACUUUAAAAUUGAAAUUUAGAAGGAAAGUCCUACAUUCAGAUGAUUGAGCUUAUUGUCCUUCAACCUAAUAUACUAUUACAAGAUGGAUAUA